AUGAACACACAAAUUCAACAGUCCAGCUGUUCACCUCAAAGCAGACGCCUGAUUCAUUACAGAGAACAUACAGAGCUUUUAACAAAAGGGAAAGAGGAACAAACAAGUACGCUGACGUUGUGUGUGGGGUGAAACCAGACCCGCUCUGCGUGGUCGUGUUUGAUGUUCAACUGGGCUGUUCUCGUCGGAGGGAGGAGGAAGUCAGCGCAAUUUAAAUGUUUCCCAACACUUCACUUACUCUCAGUUGAAACCACCGGAGGACACGCACGGGCGCUGGCACGCGGACUCUGGAUACUCCUACCUGAUCAUGAAGGCAGGAAAGAGGUGGACGGGGCUGGGGAAGCACGCCGGGUAAACUGCGGAGGAGUUUGUGUUUAGAGGUUAGAAAGUUUUCCACAGUGCGCGUAGCGAUCCGUGUUUCCCACCUCUGGGAUAGUCGGGAAUACUUUGAGACAAAGUAAAGCUGUUUCCAGAAAAAACCGGCCCGCGGGGAGCGCGCGCAACAGGACUGAUAAGAAUAGCAAUACCUGGAAAAUCUGAACGCGCCAGUCUGCAGCCAUGAAUGAGGAAAUGCAGGGAGGAGAGGAGAAGGACUGGCAUGAGCUUGAACCAAAAUAUGGGAUCAAAAUCUUCCUCACGGUCCUCUACAGCCUCAUCCUGGUGACGGGCAUUGUAGGUAAUUCAGUCACUAUCCGAGUGACCCAGGUGCUAAAGUGUAAGGGCUACCUUCAGAAGAACGUCACUGACCACAUGGUGAGCCUGGCUUGCUCUGACAUCUUGGUGCUUCUCAUUGGCAUGCCGGUGGAGCUCUACAGCGCUAUCUGGUUCCCCUUCACGUCGGCGUCAGGCAAUGCCUUCUGCAAGAUCUACAACUUCCUGUUUGAGGCUUGCAGCUACGCCACCAUCCUCAACGUGGCCACGCUCAGCUUUGAGCGCUACGUCGCCACCUGCUACCCUUUUCGCUUUAAAACCUUGGGUGGGAAAUGGACCACCGGCCUAAUCACCUUUGCCUGGCUCGUGUCCCUGCUUGUGGCCCUGCCACUGCUAAUCACCAUGGGGACGCAGGGGCACAUCCCAAUGGCGCGCAACACCCCAGUCCAGAACCUGACCUUCUGCACCAACCUGAGGGAGCACUGGGUGAUGUACAGGAUCAGCAUCUUCUUUGCUUUCAUCGUGUACAUGAUCGUGCUGGUCUGCGUGGCCUUCAUGUGCCGGGCUAUGAUCCUGGUCCUGAAGAAGCCUAUGGGAUUCACUGAAGGAAGCACCAGUGGAAAUCAAAGAGCAAUCCCUAAUGAAAAUCCAAAGGUCAAGUCAGCCAGGAAGCAGACCAUAGUUUUUCUUGUUCUCAUUGUUGGAUCCUUGAUGGUAUGCUGGCUUCCCAACCAGAUUCGCCGUCUUAUGAUGGCCGCUAUGCCCAAGUCCAACUGGACCAUUACUUACUUCCGGAGCUACGUCAUCCUCCACCCCGUGGCCGACACCUUCUUCUACCUCAGCUCUGUCCUCAACCCUUUCCUCUACAACCUCUCCUCCCGGCAGUUCAGGGACGUAUUCAUGCAGGUUCUGCGGUGUCACCUUACCAUCGUGCAUAAAAAUAAGUCCACCGUGCAGUUCAGGGCUGUCCCCAAGCAAUCCCAACGCCCCCUGCUGCUGAAGUCACUGCAUCGAAAUAGGUCAAGUCGCACCACUGUCGCCAAAGAGGAAACGCCUGCCUCCUUUACGACAUUUCAGUCGCAAGAUGACUCGGGACUGGGCACGGAUACUCAGACGUCCAUCAUAGGGACUGAAGAGCAAAUCUUGGAGCUCAAGAAUAGAAAUGUACCAUCAGAGUCAGAAAUAUAGCCUGUUGUGCGAUGUGUCAAUGGGAGAAACUGCUUUAUCCAUGGAUGCAGUUCAUUGUGUACACAAUAAACAUAGCACAGGGUGUCUCCAAAGGACAUUUACCUCCAGUGAUAUUGUUAAAAUAUAAUACAUAAUCUUAAAUAACUCAGAGCUUCAGUUAAAAUUAAAGGUACAGACUGGAGGGUUUAAGCAUUGUAAUCUGUGCUCUGCAUUCCAGAUAGGAGAUUUUUUUUAAUAUAUUUUGGCCCAUAGAUGAAACUGAAGGUCACAUUAUGAUCACCAACCUUCAAGAAGAGCAAAUAACAAUGGCUUUUAACAUUGAUUAACCCUACUGUUAGCUAUGGCAGGCAAUGAUGUCAGCGCAAGGUCACAUCCAACUAUUAAUCUGAAAUAGUAUUUAGGGUAUUUAGCUUUAGCACAGUAGCUGCAAGCUGCUUUGCAAACCACAACAAGCCUAGCUCUGCUUUUUAAUCCCUUGUAUGGUUCAACUGAUGUCGCAUCUGGGUCUUAAUACUGCUGUAUCCAUGUCAGGCUUUCCUUUUAUGUUCAAGAAGGGCAGGAGGUCCCAAAGCAAGUAUUCAAAGUUGGAAUCUAUAAUAAAAAUUAAAAAUAGAAAUCUAGUGGUUACAAUUAGUAACUUAGAAAAAGUGUUUCGAUGCAAUGAUGUUGGGGUUCUAAUGGAGUUAAUAUUAACUUGCCAACACCUCACAGUCUCUGGCUAAUCUGGAAUAGCUGGACCUUGGUGUAACGCUUGAUGGGCCCAGCUAUGAAGCCUGAAAAGCGAAGUCGACACAAAAA